GCAGCUCAUCACAUCUCAGACGUUGUGAACAGAGCAGGUGAAUCUGGGAGAAGACUCGCACACUAAAACUACUCUUCGAUUUUGGACAGAAAAUCUUGGCUGAUUAAAACAACCAUGUCUCUGGCCAAGGAUCUGAUGCACCCCAGUCUUGUAGAUGAGAGGAGGAAACACAAGAAGAAAAGGCUGGUGCAGGGCCCCAAUUCCUACUUCAUGGACGUCAAAUGCAUCGGUUGCUACAGGAUCUCCACCAUCUUCAGCCAUGCCGGGACGGUGGUGGUCUGCCCCGGCUGCUCCGUGAUCCUCUGCAGGCCACGAGGCGGGAAAUGUAGACUGACAGCAGGCUGUUCCUUCAGGAAGAAAUGCCCCUGAGCUGCAAUUUGCCAAGGCGUCCACUAGGAGGCAGAAUGGACCAUGAAAUAAAUGGAUCUGAGCCAUAAGAUUAUGGCUUAUAAGAGACAUCACCUCUGUACCAUCUGCAUCUUUGAAUUUCGGGGGCAUUUUAACACCCUCUGGUGGGUUUUUAAAGAAGACAUUAAGAGAGGAACAUGCUUGUACACUCCGUUAUGCUCAAGAUAAUUAUCUAUGCCUAGCACAGAGAAGCUCUAAAUGCAAAAGGAAUCAAAUGAAUCCGAACUUCUGUAAAACAUUUAUUGAAGGUUGAACAUGGAGGGGGUGGUAAACGAAGAAAGAAAGAAAAAAAA